AUGAAUAGUCACUCUCGACUGUCGUCAAUUCUGCAACUCUUUCUAUCCUCCCCGCCUGAUUCAGGAAACCGGAGCUCAUACACAAUGGCCCCUGUAGACAUUCAGCAAUAUGACUAUAUUGUCCUUGGCGGUGGUAGCGGAGGUAGUGGGGGAGCUCGUCGUGCAGCUGGCCGCUACGGCGCAAAGUCCCUGAUUGUGGAAAGUGGCAGGGCUGGGGGAACCUGUGUUAAUGUUGGCUGUAUUCCAAAGAAGAUGACUUGGAACUACGCCAAUAUGCAAGAGAUGAUAGACAUUUUCCAGUACUACGGAUACGAACUUCCCGGAGGCGUCAAGGCCGACUACAACAAAUUCAAGAACACCCGCGACGCCGUGAUCAAACGCCUAAAUGGUACCUACGAGCGCAACUGGGCCGGUGAAGGCAUUGACUUUGUCCGGGGCCGCGCCCGCUUCAUUGAGCCUAAAGUGAUUGAGGUUCAGCAGCAAGAUGGCACCGUCGCCCGCUACACCUCUCCUCACAUUCUUAUCGCUACCGGUGGGCAUCCUAACAUCCCUAACAUCCCUGGUGCCGAGAAUGGUAUCACAAGCGACGGCUUCUUCGAGCUGGAGGACUUCCCACCCAAAAUUGCCGUUGUUGGUGCUGGCUACAUUGCCGUCGAGUUGGUUGGUGUGCUGAACGCCGUCAAUGUCGAAACCCAUUUAUUUAUUCGGGGAGACAAAUUCCUGCGUAAAUUCGACCCCAUGAUCCAGAAUACCAUGACUGAUCGGUAUGAGGCUGCUGGUGUUCAUAUACACCGUAACCACACUGGUUUCAAGGAGAUUCAGCUUGUUCGCGAUGGAAAAGGGAAGGAUCGUUUGAUCAAGCUUGUCGGUCAUGAUGGCGUUGAGUACGAGGUCAACGAGCUUCUGUGGGCUGUUGGACGCACUCCAGAGCUCGAGGAUUUAUGCCUUCAUAUCCCUGGCGUGAAGGUUAACACCAGUGGCCACGUUGUCGUUGACGAGUAUCAGAAUACUUCCGCUGAGGGCAUCUAUGCUCUUGGGGAUGUGACCGGCCAGGCUGAUCUUACCCCCGUCGCUAUUAGGGCCGGCCGCACUCUCAGCGACCGAAUCUUUGGCCCUUCUGAGCACAAGUCCUCUAAGGUCUCAUACGAGAAUAUCCCGACAGUCGUUUUCUCACACCCCGAGGUCGGCACAAUUGGCCUCACCGAGCCCGAAGCGCGCCAGAAAUAUGGUAAUGACGAGAUCAAGGUGUACCACACGAAGUUCACGGCAUUGUACUACGAUGUCGGCCUGCCUCCCGAGGGAAAGGCUAAGUACCCGACUGAGAUGAAGCUCAUCUGUGCCGGUCAUGAAGAGAAGGUCGUGGGCUUACAUAUCCUUGGUAUUGGCGUUAGCGAGAUGCUGCAGGGGUUCGGCGUUGCUGUCAAGAUGGGUGCCACCAAGGAGGACUUUGGUCGUUGUAUUGCUAUUCACCCUACUUCCGCUGAGGAGCUCGUUACCAUGCAGUAA